AUGAACUGCUCUUGUGCCUCAGAACGUUGCCCUCACCUGCAAUACCUUCGAACGCUGCUUGAAAACAGCCAGAAGGAACAGAUUCCGUACGCUAGCCGGCAGACAUCAACGUCCGAAAAUGCCACCGUCUGGCAGCGUUGGAAACCGUGCGUAAUGCAGACGAUCAAACUGUCCGGAUGUGUGAUCGAGACGGUGAUGUUGCUCUGGGUGGUCAUCACGCGCAUUUGCCUGAAGAUGUGGCUUCGUCUACUGGAUGCAAAUCGUUCCGCUCUUGUGCUGUUCCUGAUGUUCUCCGUUUCGUUGAUCUGUUCGAUACUGAGUGGCGUACACGCCACAGUGUCAAGGUAA